AUUUGAAUAUUAUUGUGAAUUGUUGCAUCAAAUCAUACCAAACAGAAGACACAAAAGAAAUUACAAAUUCGUAGGCAAUUUCUGUGUAAAUUCAUUUCAAAGAUAUCAAUAGUUUACGCACAAAAAUGGAACCAUAUGAUGUCGUAGUGAAUCAACCAGUCGUCAUUGAUAAUGGUUCUGGCGUAAUCAAAGCAGGCUUUGCAGGAGAGCACAUUCCGAAAUGUAGAUUUCCCAAUUACAUAGGACGACCUAAGCAUGUGCGUGUUAUGGCGGGAGCUUUGGAAGGUGAUAUAUUUGUUGGACCCAAAGCAGAAGAACAUAGAGGACUUUUAAGUAUACGAUAUCCAAUGGAGCAUGGUAUAGUAACAGAUUGGAAUGACAUGGAGAAAAUAUGGAGUUACAUAUAUAGCAAGGAACAACUUGCAACUUUCACUGAAGAUCAUCCGGUACUUUUAACUGAGGCUCCACUUAAUCCAAGAAGGAAUCGAGAAAAGGCUGCUGAAUUUUUUUUCGAAGGCAUUAAUGCACCUGCACUAUUUGUAUCCAUGCAAGCCGUUUUAAGUCUUUACGCAACUGGUCGGGUUACUGGUGUUGUACUUGACGCUGGUGAUGGUGUAACACAUGCAGUUCCAAUAUAUGAAGGAUUUGCAAUGCCACACAGUAUUAUGCGUGUAGAUAUUGCUGGACGAGAUGUAACACGCUAUUUGAAAACAUUAAUUCGUAAAGAAGGUUUUAACUUCCGAUCUACUGCAGAAUUUGAAAUUGUGCGUUCUAUUAAAGAAAAGUGCUGUUAUUUAGCAACUAAUCCUCAAAAGGAAGAGACUGUGGAAACUGAAAAGUACUCAUACACACUACCAGAUGGUAAAACUUUAGAGAUUGGACAAGCGCGAUUUAGAGCGCCUGAAGUACUCUUUCGGCCAGACUUACUUGGAGAAGAAUGUGAAGGCAUUCAUGAUGUUCUUAUAUAUGCAAUCGAAAAAUCAGACAUGGAUCUUAGGAAAAUGUUAUAUCAAAAUAUUGUACUUUCUGGAGGAUCUACACUUUUUAAAGGUUUUGGUGAUCGUUUACUUUGUGAAUUAAGGAAACAUUCAUCGAAAGAUCUUAAAAUAAGAAUUGCUGCUCCACAAGAGCGUUUAUACUCUACUUGGAUGGGUGGUUCAAUUCUGGCUUCUUUAGAUACAUUUAAGAAAAUGUGGAUAUCUAAAAGGGAAUACGAAGAAGAAGGGCAGCGUGCAGUGCAUAGGAAAACUUUUUAAAAUGCAGAUGCAUAUUUUUAUAUUAUUUACUGUGAAAGUUUUGUCCUAGAACAUUGUAACUAUAAAAAAUACCACGUAUUAAAUAACAUUAAAAGUACGAAAUAAUGAAUUUUAAAGCACA